GUCACUCCACCCCAGCUGGACGGACACAACACAGAGUUGAAAGAAGAGAGGACACCCUGCAGCACAGGACGCACCAGAUUGACCACUUCUCUCUUUUGGAUAUUACAUUUCAGUGCGCUGCAUCGGUGCUUAACUGCAGCAGGUUGCAGUCAGGACUUGUUGUCCUUUUGGGGGAGUUUCACGUGUCUCCAUUUGGCACCAGACGCAUCUGUCAUCUGCUGCCGCUGGGUGCCCGGAGCUGCCAGAAACAUGCCGGCCGGGUUUCAGCAACUCGGAGGGGAGACGGUGACGGGAACCUUCGCUCUCUCGGUCUUCACUGCUGUCCUGGGAUCUCUGCAGUUCGGGUACAACAUCGGGGUUAUCAAUGCCCCUCAGAAGAUGAUAGAGGCGGACUAUAACGCCACAUGGGUGCACCGGCAUGGGGAGCCAAUCCCCUUAGGGACCCUCACCUCCCUCUGGUCCCUGUCCGUGGCCAUCUUCUCCAUCGGUGGCAUGAUGUCGUCCUUCUGCGUGGGCUUCGUCUCUGAGUGGCUGGGCAGGAGGAAAGCCAUGCUCAUAAACAACUUGUUUGCCUUCAUCGGCGGGAGUCUGAUGGGGUUGUCGAAGCUCUGCCGCUCCUUCGAAAUGAUGAUCCUCGGACGCUUCGUCAUCGGUGCCUACUGCGGAUUAGCAUCAGGCUUGACACCCAUGUACGUGGGUGAGAUAGCUCCUACAAGUUUGCGCGGGGCACUGGGCACGCUGCACCAACUGGCUAUUGUCACUGGCAUUCUGAUAGCGCAGAUCCUGGGUCUGGAGGUGUUACUGGGCAGUGAGGACCUGUGGCCAGUCCUGUUGGGUAUAACUGUUUUGCCGACUGUACUUCAGAUGGCACUUCUUCCUUUCUGCCCCGAGAGCCCUCGCUUCCUCUACAUCGUCCGCUGCCAGGAGCACCUGGCCAAGAGAGGCCUGAGGAGGUUGACUGGAAGGCAGGAGGUGGGCGACUUGCUGACAGAGAUGAAGGAGGAGAAGAGGAAGAUGGACAUGGAGAGGAAGGUGUCCAUCCUGGAGCUCUUCCGCUCUCCGCUCUACCGCCAGCCCAUCGUCAUUUCCAUCCUGCUGCAGCUCUCCCAGCAGCUGUCUGGGAUCAACGCAAUUUUUUACUACUCCACCAGUAUCUUCAUGAAGGCAGGAGUCCAGAGUCCAGUCUAUGCCACCAUAGGAGCAGGCGUGGUCAACUGCGCCUUCACAGUGGUCUCGCUCUUCUUGAUAGAGAAGAUGGGUCGACGGACGCUCCACAUGCUCGGACUUGGCGGGAUGUGCAUCUGUGCCCUCAUCAUGACCAUGGCUCUUGCUUUAUUGGAAACUGUUCCAUGGAUGAGCUACAUCUGCAUGCUAGCCAUCUUUGGCUUCGUAGCCUUCUUUGAGGUCGGUCCAGGUCCCAUCCCCUGGUUCUUUGUAGCUGAGCUGUUCUCUCAGGGUCCAAGGCCGGCAGCGAUGGCCGUGGCUGGCUUUUCCAACUGGACUGCCAACUUCAUCAUUGGCAUGGGCUUCCAAUAUAUUGCUGACCUUUGUGGGCCGUAUGUCUUCCUGAUCUUCGCAGUUCUCCUCUUCUUCUUCCUCAUCUUCACAUUCUUCCGGGUGCCAGAGACACGGGGCAAGACUUUCGACCAGAUCGCAGCAAACUUCAGCGGGCACUCGGCAGGGGGAAUGAUGGAUAUGGACAUGGACAUGGACCUGGACAAGCCCACGGAGCUGGACUACUUGGGGGAGGAAAGCAUGAACUGAAGACUCCUGGCCUGAAGAGAUAUGGACCUGAGUACAGUUUGGGAUGAACUUUGAAUGUGGGCCUGACUCCAAACUUGAUUUUCUGACAUGUAUUUUGAAGUCAAUUGUUGUGUUCAUUUAGAUUCUGGUUGAAGGUGUGUUUUGGAAUUGCCCUUUGCUUUUAUUACCACUGCAAUAUGGAGGUUAACGGUUACGAGUUGAGCCUUGACAAAAGGCUGAACCCUGUGGAUUAAGAGGUGACUACUGUAGCUUCAAGGAAUAAGAUGCACAUAAGAGCAAAGUGUUUGGACUGCUGAGGCAUUGACUACCAGUGUGGUAGGAUUUUUUUCCACUAUGAUGGAGUUGCAAUAUUGACGGACGGAGGUGGAGAGACUUUGGAAUUCCUGCACUUUAUCUACAAAAGACAUCCAAAGUUUUGGUUUGGAGUUAAAAAAAAAAAAAAAAAAAAAAGAGGUUAUGUAUGCUUGCCUAGUAUGUAGUAACGCUGGGAACACUCUAGAUGUGUAAAUCUAGUGAAACUAUUUCAGAGAAUGGCAUUCAGAGUUCAAUUUCAGGAUCAUGGUGUGAAAGUUGUAAAAAAAAAACAAUCAAAUGUAACAUCUUAUACAGUUGUCAUGGAUUCAACUAGUCUGAAGCAAGAUUUGAAGGAAAGGUUCACCCCAAAAUCAAAAAUGCAUAUUUACCUUACUAUUUUGAUUGUGCUGGAGAUCGCACUGGAUGAGGGUAAGAAUGGUGGCAAUCUCAGGUAAGAGGAAAAAUAGAUAUUUCUGAUGAAGGGGUGAACUCUCUCACAUUAUACAGCGACUUGAGCUGGAACUAACAAAUACUUUCAAGCCAUUUCAGAUUAGAACUAUUUUAUUGCGGUGAUAACUUCCUGGGAUCAGGCAACAUGUGACUUCUUUCAGUUUAAGAGAACAUUUUACAGAAAUGACACAUUUUAAUUCUAAUUUAAGUAUCAGAAAAUUGUGAUUUUAGUAUCAGUGCCAAUAAUCAGGUAUUGGAUCAGAGUAGAAAUGUGUAACAAUACACACAGCUCUAGAUUCUGUUCAGUAUCUCAGAGGCUUUAGAGUCUUAGGGGUCAAACUGAGCUUCGAUCAUGAAGUGUGUUCCCAGCUUACAAGUAUUUUUCUGAUCAGGAGUAACUCAUUGCACAACCUGCAGAAAUGAUAUCUUUAAAGAAACAAAAUCUAUUUUAGUACUUCGUGUGUACAUAUGGUGUGUUAUUGUUAAAUUUUAAAAGGUAUGAGGGUCUAAAAGUUAAUUCUUUAUGCACUCCAUAAGUGUUUGGUUUUGUAAACAGAAGCCCGAUAACAUUAGACUUGAGCAAGAUGUGCGAUCAAAAGGGCUGCUUAUCGAUUUUGUUGAUUUUUUUUUAAAUUCACACAAGCGUCAUGUUUGUGUAUUUAUCUUGGCAUCUGUCAUGUGUGCUGUUUGCUGUAUUUUCUUUAUUGGUGUGUAUCACUACCUUGUGAGGAUUUGUAACGAGGUUGUUCAGAGAGGACCUGUUAUUUGUAUAGAGUGAAUAUUGAUUCUGCAGUCAUAUUGUCACUAAAAAGGAUGCAAGACCUGUAAAUAAUGUUAACCAGUACCAGAAAUUGUGUUUGACAUUAAGUAAACCAAUGUCAAAAGACAAAAACACA